AUGACAAACCCAAACGACCGCCACGUCCAUUUCGAUAUCCCGAUGGACGACGAAUCAGGGUCUCAAGCACCUUCGUCCAAUGCCGGUGACAACCCAACUAUGAUGUAUUUUGGGUUUGACACUCUGCCGGUACCUUCUAAUACUGGCUCGGUGGCGGCGCCGUACCAAAUGGAUUUCGGGUUUACUACCCCACCUACGGCACCACCAGUGCCCCAACCCGUGUUCAACUUCGGGUUUAACCCCGGCACCGAUCUGUCCCCAACGCCCCCUCCAGCGGCUCCGACGGCUCAUGCAUUGGCUGGCCCGCCUGCACAGCCGUACAAAUUAAACUUUGGGUUUGAAGAUCGGCAACCCACACCGCCAGUCCCUCAACCUGUAUUCGACUUCGGGUUUUCUACCGUCAAGGAGGCGUCACCAACGCCUCAACCAGCAACUCCGGCGGUGUUGGACUUUGGCUGGAGAGCUUCAGUCGCCGGUGACGAUCCAGUUGUCACACCCGUUGCCAAACCAUUCAAUUUCGGAAUGGAUUUGGAUGUGAAUCCACAACAGUCAGUCACACCGCCCGCCAUUCUGAUUGAGAACAUGUCUUCGCCUCCGAUGACAAUGCCAGCAUUCGACUUUGGCUGGACUCUUUCGCCGACAUCUACACCGGCUCACCCAGUGCAUGUCGGAUAUGAUAUUUCCAAUAAACCAUUUCCGUUCAAUUGCCAAGUUCCUCCGGCAAAAGUAGGCGAUUGGCAACCAAUGCCAGUGAAGGCCGCCGCCCCGGUAAAGGCGGCCGACCCAGCCACUGCAUUACCCGUCCCCGCUGAGGUGGCCGUGGCAUAUACGCCGAUGGCACUCCCCAAUGUGGGAUUCCCGUUCCCGAAGAGAAGCUCGCCGAGCAGCUCCUCCGAUACACCACAACCUCGGCCAUCUCUUCAGCGUGUGAUUACCAAAGCUGAGAAGACGGCGAAGAACAUCAUUGAACGCCUCCAAGGCGAUGAAUUCGAUAAGCUUGCGCAGUUGAUGCUGGGCAGCAUUGUCAACCCCGGUGAUGAUGUCCGGCAUCCCAAGCCCGACAAGGUCCUCGACAGCAACCGGGUCAUAAUAUCGGCGUUCUGUGAGAGCAGAGAUAAGUUGACUCGGAUAUUCAAAGAUCUCAUCCACCUGCAUCACAUGGCGGCGGUGCAGGCCAGAGUUGUUCCAAUGGUGAACUCUCUCUCACAACAGGUGCAGAAAGCAGAGGGAAGAUCUGACAGUGAUGACUAG